AUGCCUCAUUGUCACAAGAGUCAGCACAGGAAGCCUGAGACAUACUUUCGGUCCCUAAGUAAGAAAUGGGGCCUGAUGUGUCCAAAGCUUCCUGCGAUUGAGGAAGAGGAAAUCGUCACAGAGGAGGUGGCCUCUGCUGGGAUGCCAAGUAUUCCCCAGAGUUUUCAAAGAGUCUCUUCCUCCUCACCUGCCAUUGCAGUUGCUUCCUGGAGCAAAACAAAUGAGGGUCCCAGAAGCCAAGAAGAGGUUCCAAGCACCUCACAGAUUUCACCAGAGAUUCAGGUGUUGCUCUGUGAUGCGCUAGAUAAGAAGGUGGUUGAUUUGGUGCAAUUCCUUAGCAUAAAGUAUCUGGCAAAGGAGCCCGUCACAGAGGCAGAAAUGCUGAAGAUGGCCAUGAAAGAAUACAAGGACCACUUUCCUGUGAUCUUCAAGAAAGCCUGUAAGUGCCUGGAAGUGGUCUUUGGCAUUUGUGUGAAGGAAGUGGACCCCACGGGUCACUCGUACAUCCUUGUCAAAAUGCUAGAUCUCACCUACAGUGGGAUGCUGAGUGAUGACCAGGGCAUGCCCAAGACCGGCCUCCUGAUACUUGUCCUGGGCGUGAUCUUCAUGGAAGGCAACUGUGUCACUGAGGAGAAGAUCUGGGAAGUGCUGAAAAUGAUCGGGGAAUGUUCUGGAAGCAAAGAUUUCAUCUGUGGGGAACCCAGGAAGUUCAUCACCAAAGCUAUGGUGCAGGAAAAGUACCUGGAGUACCGGCAGAUACCCAACAGUGAUCCUACCUGUUACGAGUUUCUGUGGGGUCCAAGAGCCCAUGCAGAAACCAGCAAGAUGAAAGUCCUAAAGUUUUUUGCCAAGGUCAAUGGGACUGAUGCCAGUGCUUUCCCAUCCUUAUAUGAGGAGGCUUUGAGAGAUGAGGAAGAAAGAGCCCAAGGAAGAAUUUCCACAAUGACCUGUUCAAGUUCCAGUCUGAAGCAGAUUCUUCAUUCUGAAAUGGAGGGCAGUCAAUGUUCUAAGUAG